UGGACGCAAUGUUCCUUCUUUCUCUUUAUCUCCCUCUCCUUCUAUAUGGUUCUUCAUGCCUAGAAGGAAACCUGAUUCAAACCUGCCGCCUUUGUUGUUUUUCCAGGUGUGAGCCAGCAACGGAAAAAUCUUUCGUGACAUGCAGCUUCUCUCGUAGCGCUGCUCUGCGGACAAAUAAUGUUAUAAUAAAGUACAAAAACAAUCCAGCGAGAAGUUCAACAUUGAUGGCAGAGAAUACUAAAGAAAUCUCUGAAAGGGAAACACGCGAUUUGCUGGAUAACUACAAUGUUGUAAGAUAUGAAAAAGCGGAUUCAAACUCCUUAAAGUAUCAAUCAAUACUUCUGCAAUCAACGAGUAAAUCUGUAAAAAAGGAUUAUAUUUGUGAUAGCUGUCAACGCGUCUUCAAACGAAAAUAUCAUCUCAUACGUCAUGUGAUGAUUUGUAACAAGACCAACGUAGAAGAUUUAGAAAUUAAAGUGAUAAAAGAUAAGAGGGAAACAAAUCAUAAUUUGAAUCGGAAUUUCAAUCAUCUGAUGGAAGACAUCAAGAACAAUGAUGAAGAUCAAUAUCAUGUUCCAUCAACAAAAUCUUCGGAAAAACGAUCCGAAACUUAUUCUUGUGAGUAUUGCAAACACACUACAAAAAAGAGAAAGCUAUUGAACGCCCAUAUAAGAGAGAUGCAUCCCGAAUUCACCAAAAGAAGCCGAAAGUCAUUCGUAGCUACAGAUACGGUACUGCGCGCCCGAAUGGAACACGAUGGUAAGAUGUAUUAUCAUUGUGACGAAUGUGGAAAGAAUUUGAAUUCGCCGUACACCUUCUACUGGCAUUUACGCAUUCACACGGGCGAGCGAUUGUUCACCUGCCACUUGUGUGGCAAGCGAUUUCGCGUAAAUCAGGGCCUGGCCCGACACUUAAAGGAGACCCACGCCGGCAUCAAGAAAGUAUCGUGCGACCUGUGCGGCCGCAUGUUUUCAACACGACGCAAUGUCGAAGAUCACAGACGCAUUCAUACCGGUGAACGGCCAUAUGUUUGCAACGUGUGCGGCAAAACGUUCAAGCAGAAAGCCUCCCUAUUCGUGCACAAUCGUACGCACUCGGACGUGUUCCCGUUCAAGUGCAGCUAUUGCGGGCAAACCUUUCGCACACGAUCGCCGCUGAUGGUGCAUAUUACCAAGCAUACCGGCGAAAAGCCGCACGCCUGUGAUGUGUGUGGCCGUUGUUUUCGAAUCAAGUAUGAAUUGAAGCGACAUCGUCUAAUCCAUUCUGACGAGAAACCUUGGCAUUGUACCGAUUGCAAUCUCUCAUUCCGACAAAAACGUUACUUAGUUAAUCAUAAGAGACUCAAUCACGAACUGCCACGCUGUUUGGACGCCGUGAAGUAACAAGUUGACUCUCUUUUCAGAUGG